AUGGCAUUUGUGCAGGCAAUUGGAUCCGCUGCUAUCGCUCUCGAAUUCGCACGCAACUGUGAAAAAAUUAAAUUAUUCAGAAGAAAUUCACAGUGUAAGGAUACAGUUGAAUUUGGCCAGAAAAGGGCUCGACUCUUCCUUGACAAGCUGGAAAGUGGGAACGAGGCUCACUCGGCUGUGAAUCGGCAUAACAAUAGAGUAGGAAGGGAGGUAAUUAUGCAUGAAUAAUGUUGCGUUAUGAAAACGCAUAAUUCAAUAAAAUUCUUGAGUACACGCUGUAUUAUCACAACGGAUUAUACCACAGAGUAGCAUAGUUUCCUGCUGUCCAUAUUUAGCAGUGGUACGAGCUUGCAUAGCUUAUCCAGGUUUAAUUCAUUUGAUUCGCUGGACCGGGUGAAAUACGGUUUUGCGUACGUAUGUGUUGCUCAAAUAGUUGCUCGUUAGUUUCGCUUCCUAAAGGUAUCUUCUGAUUUAUCGAAUUAACCUUUUGCGCAUUUUUAUGAUAGCUCUACUGCAACACCAAAACGUCUUUUUAUAUGUGUUUAACCCAUGUGUUAAGGUGAUGUUACACGAGACGAUUCGCAACGAUGAUUUUUAGCGCAACGCGGCGUUGCAACAUUGUUUCGAAGUUUCGAAGAAUGUUUAGAACAUUGUUCCAACAAAUCGUCGACGCGAAUCGUCCAGUGUAACAUCAAGUUUAGGUAGAUGCUUGGUCUACAUCGACCAAACUUUUGAUAAGGAAUAUUAUACUUACAAUUUCUUUAAAAGAAUUGCUUUCAUCAUUGGCAGCAUCUUAUCCUAUUUAAUGAGGCACUUGGCUUGAACAACGCGGACUUUACCUUACUUUACCUUUCGGCGUUCAUUUCUUACACUUCUUUCUAUGUGCAGGUUAUUCGAGCGCUUGCAGGCCGCAUGAAUCUUAAGUGGAAACGUCCGGGGAUACUGCGAUUUGAAGUCGUUGGGGCAAAGCUUAAGGAGAAAUACCUUAAUGCCACUCGAGUGUGGUUCGUGAAUAACACACUUCAGGAGCGAGAUGAGCAUGAUCAGUUCAGAGCCAUCUCACGUGACGACAACAGCCUGGUCUAUCUCGACCCCUCCCCAGACUACUGUGUACCAAACGACACCCUGGGCACACUGGGAAUGCUGGGAAGAACAUGCAAGCAUUACGACGCCCAAGAAACCAGAUGUCAGUCUUUCAUCGAUAAGUGCAACUCUUGCAAACUGAAAUAUAAAACGGUAGCGUACGAAGUCGAGGAAUAUAGAUGCAAUUGCAAGUUUCAUUGGUGCUGCUAUGUUAAGUGCAAAACAUGCAAAAGAGUGCCUUACAUAACCACUUGCACUGAAAAUGCAAAAUUUAUGGGGUAUUACUGA